GUCAUGUGGGGGUGGCUUUUUGCUGCCGUUAGUGAUAAGCCCGCCUGGCAUUCAUCAUUCCCUCCAACACCCCCUUUUCUCCACUUUUUCUCUCUCUUUCUCCCUCUCUUCUCCCUUUUCUCCGUUUCUCCUCCUCUCUCCAUUUUGAUUUCCUCUUCGUUUCUUGGGUUUAUGGGAUCUGAUUGAUCUCUUUUACAUCAGGUUACUUUUGCUUCCAUCUUCAAGCCAAAAUUGCAGAAAACCAACUAGUUAAAGCUGAAACCCAGUAUGGCUGUUUCCAUGAGAGAUUUGGAUCCAGCUUUCCAGGGAGCUGGGCAAAAAGCUGGAAUUGAAAUUUGGCGAAUUGAGAACUUUCGUCCUAUGCCUGUCCCAAAGUCCUCCUAUGGAAAAUUUUUCACAGGGGACUCCUAUGUAAUUUUGAAGACAACUGCUUUAAAAAAUGGGGCCUUACGGCAUGAUAUCCAUUAUUGGCUGGGUAAAGAUACCACUCAGGAUGAGGCUGGUACCGCAGCUGUCAAGACAGUUGAAUUGGAUGCGGCUCUUGGAGGACGAGCAGUUCAGUAUCGUGAAGUACAGGGCCAUGAAACGGAGAAGUUCCUUUCUUAUUUUAAACCAUGUAUCAUACCUCAACCUGGUGGAGUUGCAUCUGGGUUUAAGCAUGCUGAGGCUGAAGAGCACAAGACACGUUUGUAUGUCUGCAAGGGAAAACAUGUAGUUCAUGUAAAAGAGGUUUCUUUUGCACGAUCAUCACUCAAUCAUGAUGAUAUUUUUAUUCUAGAUACGAAGUCUAAAAUAUUUCAAUUUAAUGGGUCUAACUCAUCCAUUCAAGAGAGGGCUAAAGCACUAGAAGUUGUUCAAUACAUUAAAGAUACUUAUCAUGAUGGAAAAUGUGAAGUUGCUUCCAUUGAGGAUGGAAAGCUGAUGGCUGAUGCUGAAACUGGAGAAUUCUGGGGUUUUUUUGGUGGUUUUGCUCCACUUCCAAGGAAAACAGCCAAUGAAGAUGACAAAGCCGUGGAUUCUCUUCCUGCUAAGCUGUUUUGCAUUUUGAAGGGACAGGCAGAACCCGUCCAGGCUGAUUCUUUGACAAGAGAGUUGCUAGAUACAAAUAAGUGUUAUAUUCUAGAUUGUGGGGUGGAAGUUUUUGUGUGGAUGGGGAGAAAUACCUCUCUUGAUGAAAGAAAAAGUGCUAGUUCAGCAGCAGAAGAAUUACUCCGUAGCCUUGAUCGGCCAAAAUCUCACAUAAUCCGUGUAAUCGAAGGAUUUGAAACAGUAAUGUUCCGGUCAAAGUUUGAUAUGUGGCCUGAGACAACUGCUGUAACUGUAUCUGAGGAUGGUAGAGGCAAGGUGGCUGCACUUCUAAAACGCCAAGGGGUUAAUGUUAAGGGUCUUUUGAAAGCUGCUCCUGUAAAAGAAGAACCUCAACCAUACAUUGAUUGUACCGGAAAUCUGCAGGUUUGGCGUGUAAAUGGCCAAGAGAAGACACUACUUUCAGCUUCUGACCAGUCAAAAUUUUACAGUGGCGAUUGCUACAUCUUUCAGUAUUCAUAUCCUGGAGAAGAUAAAGAGGAACACCUUAUUGGCACAUGGUUUGGGAAGCAGAGUGUCGAGGAAGAAAGAACUUCAGCUAUCUCACUGGCAACCAAGAUGGUGGAGUCAUUGAAGUUUCUUCCUGCUCAGGCUCGCAUCUAUGAAGGAAAUGAACCGAUCCAGUUCUUUUCAAUAUUUCAGAGCUUUAUUGUUUUUAAGGGUGGUGUAAGUGAUGGUUACAAGAAAUAUAUUGCUGAGAAGGAAGUUCCAGAUGACACAUAUACAGAAGACAGAGUCGCAUUAUUUCGAGUUCAGGGUUCUGGGCCUGAUAACAUGCAAGCAAUUCAAGUUGAACCAGUUGCAUCAUCUUUGAAUUCCUCGUACUGUUACAUAUUAAACAGUGGCUCCUCUGUUUUUAAUUGGUCUGGAAACCUUACGACCCCAGAAGAUCAGGAGCUUGUUGAGAGGCAACUGGAUGUGAUAAAGCCAAAUGUACAAUCCAAACCACAAAAAGAAGGCUCGGAAUCUGAACAAUUUUGGGAAUUUUUGGGAGGCAAAUCUGAAUACCCCAGUCAGAAGAUUGCACGAGAUGCUGAAAAUGAUCCUCACCUAUUCUCAUGCACUUUCUCAAAAGGAAAUUUGAAGGUGACGGAGAUAUUCAAUUUCACUCAGGAUGAUUUGAUGACUGAAGAUAUAUUCAUCCUGGAUUGUCACUCGGAGAUCUUUGUCUGGGUUGGGCAACAAGUUGAUUCCAAGAAUAGAAUGCAUGCUUUAACCAUCGGAGAGAAAUUUCUUGAACGUGAUUUUCUCCUAGAAAAAUUAUCUCAUACUGCUCCAAUUUAUAUUAUCAUGGAAGGGAGUGAGCCACCUUUCUUCACACGUUUCUUCACAUGGGACUCUGGAAAAUCUGCAAUGCAGGGAAACUCAUUUCAAAGGAAACUUGCAAUAGUGAAAAAUGGGAUUUCCCCUACUCCGGAAAAACCCAAGAGAAGAACACCAGUAUCAUAUGGAGGGAGAUCUAGUAGUUUGCCAGAAAAAUCACAACGGUCAAGAAGCAUGUCUUUCAGCCCUGACCGAGUUCGGGUGAGGGGCAGGUCUCCAGCCUUCAAUGCUCUAGCAGCUAACUUUGAGAACCCAAAUUCCAGGAACCUUUCGACUCCACCUCCAAUGGUUAGAAAGCUCUAUCCCAAAUCUGUGACCCCAGAUUCAUCUAAACUGGAUUCCAGAUCUGCAGCAAUAGCAGCACUUUCUGCUAGUUUUGAACAACCGGCACGGGAGCCUGUUGUACCCAAAACUCCUAAAGUGACUGAAGAGGCACCAAAACCAAAACCAAAACCAGAAACAAACUCGAAAGAGAAAGCUAUGAGCAGCAGGAUAGAAGCCCUCACAAUAGAGGAAGAUGUAAAAGAGGGUGAAGCUGAAGAUGAAGAGGGUCUUCCAAUAUACCCAUAUGAGCGUCUUAAAACAACAUCCAUAGAACCUGUUGCCGAAAUUGAUGUGACCAAGCGAGAGACUUACCUGUCUUCAGAGGAGUUCCGACAGAAAUUUGGAAUGACAAAAGACGCCUUCUAUAAGCUGCCCAAAUGGAAACAAAACAAGCUGAAAAUGGCCCUUCAGUUGUUCUGACUCUCUUUUUCGGAUACUCCUUUUUCAUCCGCCUUGCAGCAUAGGCUGCAGGUGGAACAAAAGCAUGCUUGCAAAUUUGUAUGAUCUUCGUCUCACCAUAACAUAUCCUUCCAUCAAUGUCUUCAUUACCAACUCACUCUAAUCAUUUUCUUGAUUUGUCUCUGCAGUGGGGGGGGGACUCAAGUUAUCAGGGUGUGUUAGGGACAGCAUCAGUGCUUUUUUAGCUGCUUCUGCUCCCAAGAAGCUUGUUUUCAUGGUUGAUGGAGAAACCCAGAGAAUUUUUAUUUUUACUUUUUUGGUUUCCUUUGCCCAUCUGCUGGUUUGGAUGUCUAGUUUUGCUUCUCUUUAGCUGCUUGUUAUUCUUUUUGGUCACAGGUUUGUUGUGAGCUUGCAUUUUUGUUCAUUUUUUCCCUUCUAAAUCUUCAUUUUGAUUCAACAAUUGAUUUCGACAGAGCUAUUAGAGGGCUUGCAAAAAUUCUUAGGUUGUAUUAUUGUAUGAUCCAGGAUGCCAAAAUGUGUGUACAGCAGAGUGUAUAAACCGGUUCACUCCUUAUUUGUUUUGACAAUAAAGUGUGAUUUUUUUUAACUUAA